AUGAAGAGACUCGAUUUAGUAACUGCAUUGCAGCAACAUUUGUUAGAGAAUCACAGUUUGGCCUACCUAAAGUGUGCGGAUUCAUUAGCGAUGGAAAAGGAGAAACAAACAAAUGUCUACAUUUUAGGAAAAUAUAACAAUAAACACCUGUUAGAGCGUUGUCAUUUUGUGGCUACCGACAAAUUAUCUCGCGCAUUAUGUGUGCCAUUUACCGCAUCAGUGGCAUAUUUAAAGAUUCAGUUCAACUUUAUGGCAGUUUUCUUUAAGAUUCUUGUUAAUUUAAUGAAGAGAAUAAUUUGUGAGUUUCUAUCUAUUAUUCAACCAUCUUAG